CAGAAUAUUUCUCCAGCUGGCAGUGGUUUUUUGCCAAUUCGAGUUCUUGGCGGAUUGUGGGUCAUUGUUUGCGAAAUUUCAGUGGUUUUUACACAGGAACUCAUACAAAUUCGAUUAGAUAAACAAUCGACAAGUUCUGUUUCGCAUAUCACAGCAAAAAUAUCGCCUUCUCUUGCUUUUUACUCUUUAAGUUAUUCAAGACCGACGUGUUUGAGUUUUUCACUGACGUGUCGAAUUGAUGGAAAAUAAUUAACACGAAGUCAUUUGAGAAAGUGCCUUUGCAAUGAGCAUACGAAAGCGUGCGGAAAAUCAAUUCGCCGACAGUAAUGUAGUGAAUCUGAACAAGGAGGAGACGGAACGGCUCAUUCAUCAUGAGGAGGACAGGCACGAACCGAGUAACCUGGACGGCGACAGGAUGAACAUUGCGGUCCUGUUCUUCCUCUACCUCCUUCAAGGCAUUCCAAUCGGGCUGACCGCCGCUAUUCCAAUGUUGUUGCAGAACCGGGGAGCCAGCUACAAACAGCAAGCCGAGUUCAGUUUCGCUGUGUGGCCGUUCAGUUUGAAACUGCUUUGGGCGCCAAUCGUCGACUCGCUGUACUCGAACAAAAUCGGAAGGAGGAAAUCCUGGCUCAUCCCGACACAGUAUCUGAUCGGCGUAUUCAUGCUUAUUCUGUCGAGUCAUGUGGAGAUGUGGCUUGGCUCCGAGCAUGAGUCCUCGAAUAUUCAGAUCCUCACGAUGAUCUUUUUCGCCCUUAAUUUCCUCGCAGCCACGCAGGACAUUGCUGUCGACGGAUGGGCCCUGACAAUGUUGAAACGGUGUAAUGUCGGGCACGCUUCUACUUGCAACAGCGUUGGACAGACUGCGGGAUAUUUCCUAGGUUACGUUGCAUUCGUCGCACUUGAGUCUAAGGACUUCUGCAACACAUACCUUCGAAGGGUGCCAGCAGAUGAGGGCCUGGUUACCUUACCAGGAUUCCUCUGGUUCUGGGGAAUUUGCUUCCUCGUAACUACCACUUUAGUAGGCAUUUUAAAGCGGGAACAUGGAGAGCCGUCGGAACACCGAUUCACGGAUCAUCCUGACUUGGACAUCAAGCAAACAUACAAACUCCUCCUGGACAUAGUCAAACUGCGACCGGUGCAAAUUCUUUCCGUGAUCCUACUCACAGUGAAAGUCACAUUCUCCGCCUGUGAUGCCGUCACGUCCCUGAAACUCAUCGAUGCAGGCGUCCCGAAGGAAAAACUGGCUUUGUUGGCGGUACCGCUGAUCCCACUUCAAAUCAUUCUGCCACUGGCCAUUAGUAAAUACACGGCUGGUCCGCGACCCAUGGACAUCUACAUACGAGCCAUCCCGUACCGGAUAGUCUUUGCACUGAUUGCGACGUUCAUUGUCUUCUUGACGCCAAUGAUGAGCUCCGCCGGAAACAUUCCCGCUUUCUACUAUGUUCUGCUCAUCGUGGCCUAUGGAUUUUACCAGGUGUUUGUGUACGGCAUGUUUGUGGCUGUUAUGGCUUUCUUCGCAAAAAUAUCGGACCCAGGUGUUGGUGCUACUUACAUGACGCUGUUGAACACGGUCUGCAACUUGGGCGGAAACUGGCCUAACACAAUUGUUCUGUGGCUCGUGGAAAUUCUUACGUGGAGUGAGUGUCGAAAAGCUUUACCGGAUGUUGCAGUGGGAAAUACAUGUGCGAAUAAAGUGGAAAAGGAGGAAUGCGUCGAAGCUGGGGGUGAAUGUCACACCAUCGUCGACGGCUACUAUCUCGAAUGUAUUCUAUGCGCGCUCUAUGGUGUGGUGUGGAUUUACUUUGGACGAAGACAAAUUCAAUAUUUACAAAGUCUACCUGUGCGAGCGUGGCAUGUUUUAAAACCAGGCUCCUCAUCGGGGAAAUCAAGAUAGCAAUUAAUCGUAUGAUAGACCAUUUUAAAAGAGCUUUUUGAUAAGAAAUGUAUCUUGUUUCGAUCAGAAGAAAAGUGUGUUGAAACAAUUGUCACCUUUUGUUAUCACCGUCAUUAAAGGGGGCUUUUUACUUCUGCUGGGUCAUUGCAUUCAGGCAGUGAUAAGAUUUUCUGUUGAUAGUAUUGUAUUUAAACUGAGACAUUCACAGUGAGAGUGACAAGGGCUGUAAUUGAUUUCUUUCAUUUCAUGUAGAUCCGGAAAUGCAUAUAUGAAUAAAAUUUUAGUACAAAGUACGCAUAGAUGUUACACGACAAUAAAUUCUUUUGUUGAAGAUAUUAUUUCGUGCGAGGUCGAUAUCCGCGGCCCGAUUUCGGCUUAGAACUAUUUAAUUAUUUUUUGCUAAUGCAACGAUUGUACAUAGACAUUUAAACAAUUAGGUGAAUAUUCCGUUUUCUAACUUUAUAACACGAUUUUAUAAUGAACGAUAGGUAGAUGGUUGAGGAGUUAUAAGUGUGAAAUAUUUGUUAAGUACGUCUCAUUUGAUAAUUGUAAAGAAGUAGGCGAUAGCGGGAGAUAUUAUACUACACAUGAAUGAAA